AUGUACUGUUAUUUUGACGCACCUAUUGCUGCUAGUGGUGUAUUAAUUAUUUAUUGUAGUGGCUCUGGGGCUAAAAUUCUAAUCAGCAAUCUGCCAGCUCACGCUAGAUUUGAAGACGUCGAGCUCCUGUUCUCGACAUACGGACAGGUGCAAAACGUCGAAAAAGUACCAUCUCGUGAUCCAAAUACACAAACUUUACUUCUUAGCUAUGAAACUCAAGAGUUAGCACAGCAGGCUGUGAACGAGUUGAAUGGCUAUGAAUACGACGGAAAUCCAAUAAAAGUGGAAAUGUCGAGUGCGGAAAGCCGACGAAGAGCACGUAACCAGCGUGGUGGCGUAGCCUUUUCUGGUCUACCGGGUUCUGGUCGUCAGACUGACUUUCCACUUCGUAUUUUGGUACAGUCUGAUAUGGUUGGUGCUAUAAUCGGACGUCAAGGUUCUACCAUACGUCAAAUUACACAAAUGACACGUGCUAGAGUUGACGUUCAUCGCAAAGACAACGUUGGUUCUUUGGAAAAAGCAAUUACUAUUUAUGGGAAUCCUGAAAAUUGUACAAAUGCUUGUAAAAAAAUAUUGGAGGUCAUGCAACAGGAAGCUAAUAACACCAACAAAGGAGAAAUCACACUUAAAAUCCUUGCACACAAUAAUUUGAUUGGUCGUAUUAUUGGCAAAGGGGGUAAUACAAUAAAAAGAAUAAUGAUGGAUACUGAUACAAAGAUCACUGUCAGUAGCAUAAAUGACAUCAACAGUUUUAAUUUGGAACGUAUUAUCACGGUCAAGGGCACUAUCGACAACAUGAGCAAAGCUGAGUCGAUGAUCUCCAGCAAACUUCGUCAAAGCUAUGAAAAUGAUCUUCAAGCUAUGGCUCCCCAGAGCAUGAUGUUCCCCGGUCUUCAUCCGAUGGCGAUGAUGUCCACAGCUGGUAUGGGUUAUAGUUCACGUGGGCCAGGGCUUUAUGGUUCUGGACCAGCGCCAUAUCCUUAUCAAGGAAGUUUACCCCCUCAACAAGGAGUACCAGCAAGUGAUGCUCAAGAAACAACGUUUUUGUAUAUUCCCAACAAUAGUGUGGGUGCAAUUAUUGGUACAAAAGGCUCACACAUCAGGAAUAUAAUCAGAUUCUCUGGUGCAAGCGUUAAAAUUGCUCCUUUAGAACAGGAAAAACCUGCUGAUCAACAAACCGAACGUAAAGUUACUAUUGUCGGUUCACCAGAGUCUCAGUGGAAAGCUCAGUAUUUGAUCUUUGAAAAAAUGCGCGAAGAAGGUUUUGUGGCGGGAACUGAGGACGUGAGAUUGACAAUUGAAAUUUUGGUACCAAGUGCUCAAGUUGGUCGCAUUAUUGGUAAAGGAGGUCAAAAUGUAAGAGAACUUCAACGAGUUACUGGAAGUGUUAUUAAGCUUUCAGAACAACAAGCAGUACCAGCAGCGGCUGAUGAAGAAACUACUGUUCACAUUAUUGGGCCAUUCUUCUCAGUUCAGUCGGCCCAGCGAAGGAUCAGAGCAAUGGUCCUCCAAUCAGGUGCCCCAGGAAGCGGACCAACUGGAACUGGAAUACGCGCUGGUCGUGGAAGCAGCCAAGAAAGUGGUGCUCGUAGUCGGCGAGAUGGAAGCGCGACAUCUCAACAAGGAAGCUCGGCAUCUCAGCAACAGCAACAGUCUACGCAACAACAGCAGUCUCAACAACAAUCGCAGACAUCCUCGCCACAAAGUUCUUCACCAUCAAAUCAACAACAACAGCCACAACAAAAUCAGUAA